AUGGUAGAGGUUCAGGGAGAAUCCUUAAGUUUAGGUAAAAGUUCUAGGAGAAACACAAGUGCUGAUUCAGAGAGAUCUUUGAGUGGAGGCACAGGAACAUCCACGAAUUCAGAUCAAGGUGGAGCAAGAUCCGCUAGUGCUGAUUCAGAUCAGGGUGCAAGGGAGACCUCAGUUCCAGAGAUCCAAAUUGCAACUCCUAAUCCAGAGAGGCCCAUGGAAGGUGUUUGCCCACAAAAUGAAGUGUUUUAUGCGUCAUCUAAUGUAGUCACCAUUUUACCAUCAUUGUAUUCUCAUUGCCUGCCAUUAGUGGACGAAUCACUAAUCAAUUACAGUGAACAGAACAUGUUGGGUGAAGGAACAUUUGGGAAAGUAUAUCCCACCGCUGCCAUAAAGAGGAUUCCAUAUGGCAUAGCAGGACUUCAAGAUCAGGACAUACAGCAUGAGAUUCUCGUCGCAAUGCGAUUGAGCCAUCCCAAUAUUGUACGACUUAUGGCAGCAGCCCACACUGAAAACACGUUCUUGCUGGCCAAUGAAUACAUUCACGGUACAACCCUGGAUAAUGUGCUACACAGUGACAAUGCUUGUGUUAAGCUUGAAGGAAACGAUAGUCAUUUUGUUGCCCUGGACAUUUCAAUGGCUGUUGAAUACAUCCAUUCAAAAAAUGUCAUCCAUCAGGAUCUGAAGCCUGACAAUAUCCUGAUUGACCAGUUCUCCAAAAAGGCUGUGCUUACUGACUGGGGACUUGCCAACAUAAGGGGCACAGUUUUAUUGCGGCAAGGAAGCAGAUUCACUGGAGGGAAAAUAGGACCAAUGGGUGGGACUUUUCUUUACAUGGCUCCAGAAUGUCUAAUUGAAUUUGAAGAGGCUUCCAGAAGCUCAGACAUCUGGUCUUUGGGAGAAACAUACCUUGAACUUUUUACAAAGUUGAAGCCCUGGACAGUAAAAAACCAGAAGCAGUUGUGCAGCCUGUUGACAAAAAAUGCACAGCCACACGCUCUGGAACAUCUGUGUGAAAGAUACAGUUUCAUCUCUGUGAUGGUACACUAUGACCCAGCAUCAAGACCUGAAGCUUCAUCUGUUGUUCUCUCCUUAAAAACUGUUGAGGGGCUAGUUCUUCAGAGCCGUUAUGGUUACAAAUGGUAA